GGGUGAUGGAAGUUGCUUCUGGCUGUGCGUCUUCCCUGGCCCACUGUCACAAGUGGCUGCUAUUUAAGUCGCGACCCCGUAUUGUUUAUUUGGCAAUUAGCAAAAUUAACGACCUGCCGGACAUGCAUUUUACCUUUGAAAACGUGGAUCAAUCACUCGGGCACACUUGCCGCGAUGUUUUCAUUACCGCACGGCUCAAUUCUUCAAAAUCUGUUUGCCAACAUUGACAAUCGCCUCAAGCAAUGUUUGCCACAACAAAAACUAUAAACUUAAACCAGAAAUGAGGUUAACGUUAAAAUUCCAAGUACGGAGGGUCAAAAAGCUACUCAUCAGACAGAUCCUAUGGGCAUGAUCGAAUGCGAGACUCUCCGAAUGGAAACUCGUACAGAUCUGAUAGUCCAGACUCACAAAGUCCUAGAGAAAGAAAUUAUCAAAGUAAAAACUACAUGCCGAAAAUCAGGGACAAGGAGAGAGAUAGUCGAGACUACAAAUCUUCGAGGGACAAAUAUUCAGAUUCCAGAUCAUCUCCAAAGCGAAGCAGAGACAGUCGAGAUUCUGACUACAGAAGCAACCAUGACCGGAGUUCGGACGUAAGUGCUUUGCCAAGCCGGCAGAAUGCAGUUUCUCAGGGCCAUGGAUUGCAGGACAAACGUGAUGACAGAGACCGAGGAGGGUCCCGACAGGGUGACUGGUCGGAGCAUCUCAGCUCGACAGGGAAAAAGUAUUACUACAACUGCAAAACAGAAGUAUCUCAGUGGGAAAAGCCAAGAGAGUGGGUGGAAAAAGAGCGGGAUAGAGGAAGAAGUUUCAAGGAGAGGGACACUGACAGGGACAGAAACUACAGUAGCAGUUCGCGGAGUUCCAGCAGAACAACCCAUGAUAAACAUUCCAACUCGAGGAGUAGUGGCAGUAGCAGAGACCAGAAAAGCAGUUCAAGUCGCCAGUCUGAUAGAGAAAAUAAUUACUACCAGUCUACUAGGGAAGAUGAUUCUCACGACCGAAGAAAACACACUGUUGAUGAAUCGCAAGAUAUGGACAUCUCGCCUGGGGACAGCACACCAACUUCCGAGACGUCAUACUCCCGCACGACGCCAAAUGCGGCAACUGCUACUGAACACCAUCACGCCCAUUCUAGGUUAGGCGGUCACCACACGGUGGUGACCUCCACCCCAGCUACCCCUCAAAGGGGCUUCCCUGGGGGAAAGCAGCAACAUGCAGCACCUCCACAGGCUAGUCCAUCUUCGACGCCGACUUCCACAGCAACACAGCAAAUGUCCUUGGCCAGUUUGCCGCGACUGCUAUCGCAGAUAACUGGUUCAAAAGGCCUUGGGGAUCAAUCUGAGCUGUCACCGCAGAAAGCCCUGCAAAGCCUCCAGACGAUCCAAACACUGCUCUCGCGGCAGGUGUCGCUGGAGCAGCCAGGCUUUGACACUAACAACCACCACAGCUUGAACUCCCUCUCAGCGACCUCAUCAGCAGCAGGUGUGGCCUCGACGUCAGCAUCGCAGCCCCUAAAAGUGGACACGAGCAGCGGGGCCGCACCGGCAGAGGGACCGCCAACGCCGACUCACUCAGAAUCACAGGAUUAUCAAGAUCCUAGGAAAGCAAAUAGCCCUCCAAGCAGUUUGAGCUCACUUCAAAGUUUAUCUGGAAGCAGCACACUGCAGGCGUUAAGACCGCAAGGCCCCAAUUUAACGCCUAGUUUGGCGAAUUUCUACAGAGAUGACCUCGUAAACCACGUUCGCGGGAUGCCUGCUGAAAUAGUGGAAAAACAGGCUCAGAAGUUGAACGACGAAGCUUACAUUCUGGGCAGCCUUCAUUGUACCAAAGUGUCAGCGGAACUCAAAAUGGCGCGCUCGAGAGUUAGACAAACUGAAAUUCAAGCAACUUUGCAAGAACAAAGAAUUUUGUUUCUUCGCCAACAAAUCCAGAACCUCGAGGAAUUGAAGUCACUAAACUCAUUCAUGUCAGACUCAUAGUGGAAAAAAUCGAGUGGAAGUUGACAAGCUCGCUUGCCAGAGUGAAUUAGAAAUUAAUUAUUCGAUUUGGGUGGUUGCAGCAGCUAACAGAAAGUGGCGGCGAUUGUUCUGUUCCUCCGAAAUGCAAAUCCUAGCAUUAAUUGCUGGUUUGUGAUACUGGACAGUGAGAAAAAGAGUGCGCGAAACUUCAUCAUUGAUCAUCACUGACUGUCUUUUUGGACUUUGCAUUGCAUACAAUUUUAUUUUUUACACUCGACCAAUUCAACAGUGUCCCGUUUUAACUUAUACUCCUGAUUGUUUUGUUGUGCAGAGAGAAUCAACCAAGCAGUUAAUCGAUCGAAAUUAUUGUGGUUUGCUUCUGGACAAAAAAAAACUUUCAAUUUAUUUCAAACAUCAGAAUUCUUGAUUAGCGUUUUGAUGGUUCAGAUAAACAAGUGAAGAUUUGUCGUUUGGUGAUGUGAAUUUUGCAAUAGGCGACUGCCUUCUGGAAUUAUAUAGUUUCUGUCUGCCUGAAACUGGCGUGGAAUGGAGUGACUGCUGAAUUAUAAGCGAGAACACCGAUGAGAGCGGCGGAUUCAUUGCAUUUAGAUUAAUGUUAUAGGACUUGCAUAUAAUCUUAAAAGAUAAAAAUAAAGCUUUUUGUAAAUAAUUCACAAAAGAUGAGAAAAAAGUUAAUCGUAAUUAUUCGAGUUCGAAACUUCUCAAACUUUAAACGAACACACACCCCAACUGAUUAUAUCACUUCUAAUAUUUUCUUCCAAAAAGCUGAAUUCAACAACAGACCCAGUUUGAGAAGUUGUCCGACGCACCAUUAUUUAGAUCGAGGUGUCCAAAACAUGAAUCUUACAAAGAAAAGCAGCAAACAUAAAAGUUAAAUGUACUCGUCGCCAUCAAAGCUGUAGAUAUUCUUUUUAUCCAAACUCUGUCGACUCGGUUUUCAUUGUAAAUAAUAAAACUGCCUAAAAAGCGACGAACAAUAUUUUCAUUGCGUUGGAAUCAUUUCUAAGAGAGCAGCAUCAUCCAUUAGUCUAAGCGCUUUUGCCUCGACGACUCUUGAUGCGACGACCAAACAAUUCUGUGAACUCUUUUCUUCAGCGCAUCAGCACCUUGCCUGUUUUUAGAUAUUUUCUCUUGCUUGUGCAUGUGACUUCACAGAUGGUGUUAUGCACAGGGGACAAAUAAUAAAUAUCCUCGAUUCUUGCGCCUCGCA